AUGUGGAUUUGGCGCCUUGUCGAUCCAGUAGCUAAGACUAGGUUUUCGAAUGCCAUCAAAAAGGUAAAUCCAUCAGAAGCGUUGACCGGUAUGAAAAGGGUCUGGAAAAGAUUGAAGGCGACCAAUAAUCUCCUGAGAGAGGAGCUACAGCUUACACAAGACAAAUAUAAUAAAGCGACAGGUAAUAACGCCAAGAUUGUGGAAUAUUGGGAUGAGUGA